AAACAAAAGCAGGAAGAAGAAGCAAAGAAAGCAGAGGAAAUGCGGAAGAGAUCAUUGUAAACUUUUAACGAUAGCGCCAAAAGGAAUGCCGAUGAACAGCAAGGAGCAAGACCGAAAAAGGGUAGAGCUAGUGGUGCAAGCACUCUGGCUUACCUGAAGGAUAGGGCAGAAGUAGAAGCUACUUUAAAACGUGAUGAAUUGGAGAUAAAAAGGCAAGAGUUAGCACUGCAAGCAAAGGAGCAGGAAGGAAGACAACAGCAGUUUGAUAUGAUGAACAAGCACACUAGAGAUAUUCAGCAGCUUCAGCAGCAGCAAAUGCAGCAGUUUAUGCAAAUGAAUGCAAACAUGAUGCAACAGCACCAACAACAAACCCUUGCACUUAUGGAACUAAUGAAAAAGUUUGCUGCGAAGUGA